CCUUCACCCUGGCUUUGCUAAUCUCCCCCGCCGGCUGCUGCUGCAUUUCUCCUUCCUCCAUUAUUAUUUCUCCAUCCCUUUCCUCCCCUCUCUCUCCCCCCUCUAACCAAAACCUAAAAAAGACUGGAUACGGAACAAUAGGAAACAAAUAGAAGGGAAGGGAGAAAGGAAGAAGAACACCAAAGCCAGACUUGGUGGUUCUUUAGCUCCUUCAUGGGCUGUGGAAUUGUCCCCAGGAACCCCCUCUGAGUUUGACGAGAUUCAUACAGAGAAAUACUUUUUUGUUUUUUCCCCUUUCUUUUGCUCAAGAAUUUACCUGUAUAAGAGAACAACUGCUUGUUGCUGCUUUGUUUCUCCGUGUUUGUUUUGUUGAGAUUUUCCUCUGGUCCGUUCUUCACCUGUGGGAAGGUGAGGAGCAGAGGGAAUCAUGGGAAAGCAAGGACCCUGCCGUCAUUGCGGAGUCACAAGUACCCCCCUUUGGCGAAAUGGGCCACCAGAUAAGCCAGUGCUCUGCAAUGCAUGUGGCUCAAGAUGGAGGACAAAGGGUUCAUUGGCAAACUACAUUCCAAUGCAUCGCAAGGAUGAUGUGGAUGAUGAUGAACCUAGAGUUAGUAGGCUAAAGCCACCAACAUCAAAGUCAAAGUCCCAGAAGAAAAAAUCAAAUCACAUCAUAAUGGAGAAUGGGCCAUUUUCUUGUCAGAAUUUCCAAAAGAUGGGGGAUGCUGACCCAAGCAAUUGGUCUAGUUCUGGAUCUGCAGUAUCAUACUCUGAGAGUUGUGUUGCUGAUGCAAGUGAAAUGACUGGUUCAGCACAAUCACAUGCUUGGGAAUCCCUAGUGCCAUCAAGAAAGAGGAGCUGUGUCACUCUUCUGAAGACUUCAUCUGUAGAAAAGCUUGCAAAAGAUCUUAACUCCAUCAUGCAUGAAGAGCAGUUAUACUACCUUUCAGGAUCAUCAGAGGAAGACCUACUGUACCAUAGUGAAACUCCUGUUGGUUCAUUUGAGAUUGGCUCUGGAAGUGUGCUUCUAAGGCAUCCGAACUCAAAAUCACUGGAGGAAGAAUCAGAAGCAAGCUCCAUUCCUGCAGAUAAUAAAUCAUACAUUACAAGUGAAUCCUAUUCAGGGUCUGUGUCCUUUGUCUCUCAUAGUGGAAACAAGGCAGCAAUCAACUUAAAUGCUGGAACUUUGAGACCAAAAAGGUCACCACUGUGUAUUGAAGAUAAUGGUAGAAGGGAUAAACUUCAUUAUGAAAAUCCACAUAUCCUGGAGAGUGUUGAUUCACCUUUAGUUUCAGCAUAUUUAGAGGAAAAGGAAAUUAAGGAAACUAGAGGAGUGGAGAAUAUCAGUGGAUCAAAAGGCUUUACCAAGUCUACAAUAAAACCAGUCAAAAGAUCCCGUGACGACAACCACUUUCAGAGCAACUCAGAACUAGAUGGUACCAUGAGGAGUCCUAUAAGAGCUCUAAAAUCUGGAGCUUUGACUCCUCAAUUUAAAAACUCAUCUUUGCCAAAAUCUGGCUAUGCCAGCAAAGAUUCAACUUGCACUGAAGGAGCACUUAACUUACUCAUGUUACCCCCAGAAAAGUUAUCAUUAUUUGUCCCUUCUCAGUAUGCCAACUCUGAUCAAGACUUGCUGCUGGAGAUUCCUCUCAAUGCACGGCACCCAGAGGCAGAACUUCUUUGUCAGCCAUCUCAGCUGAGCUCAAUAACCCACAGCUCCACCUCUGUGGAUGGGGUUGCUGACGGGGAGGGGCAUCUGAAGCAACCAUAGUCUCAGGUCACAUCAGCAAGCAGGUUAGGAACAACCAUUAGUUGCAGUUUACUUUAGCCUCGUGGAUCAUGGUGCCUCUAUUUGCUGACCACCAACGGGCGUCGGUUUGUUCACGGGAGUGCUGUAAUUGCCCUGAUUUACAUAACAAUGUGUGUCGACUGCUAACUUUGUUCAGCUAACAUUUGUAGCGUGCUUUUGGACCAUGUUUUUGCUGGUUUUCUGUAGCAUAUGGCUCAUGGAGAAAGUAUAGCUUAUCUCUGUAUGGAAAAUAUAUCAUCUCAUUACAGGAAAAUUAAAAAAAAGAGGAUAUUAGAAUAA